AUGCACGCGGGGCUCCUGGGGCUCUCGGCCCUGCUGCAGGCGGCCGAGCAGAGCGCGCGCCUUUACACCGUGGCUUACUACUUCACCACAGGACGGCUUCUGUGGGGGUGGCUGGCCCUUGCUGUCCUCCUGCCUGGGUUCUUGGUCCAGGCCCUGAGCUACCUAUGGUUCCGAGCAGACGGGCAUCCAGGGCAUUGCUCCUUGGUGAUGCUGCACCUCCUACAGCUUGGUGUUUGGAAGCGGCACUGGGACGCUGCACUGACCGCUCUGCAGAAGGAACAGGAGGCUCCCCACCGAGGCUGGCUGCAGCUGCAGGAGGCCGACCUGUCGGCCCUUCGACUCCUGGAGGCCCUGCUGCAGGCUGGGCCCCACCUGCUGCUUCAGACAUAUGUUUUUCUAGCCUCAGACUUCACAGAUAUUGUGCCAGGGGUGAGCACCCUGUUCUCCUGGUCCUCACUCUCCUGGGCACUGGUGUCCUACACUCGCUUCAUGGGCUUCAUGAAGCCAGGCCACCUGGCCAUGCCAUGGGCCGCCCUCUUCUGCCAGCAGCUCUGGAGGAUGGGCAUGUUGGGAACCCGCGUGCUGAGUCUGGUUCUGUUCUACAAAGCCUACCACUUUUGGGUUUUCGUGGUUGCAGGUGCCCACUGGCUGGUGAUGACAUUCUGGCUUGUUGCCCAGCAGAGUGACAUCAUCGACAGCACCUGCCACUGGAGGCUGUUCAACCUGCUUGUGGGGGCAGUGUACAUCCUCUGCUACCUCAGCUUCUGGGACAGCCCUUCUAGAAAUAGGAUGGUCACAUUCUACAUGGUCAUGCUGUUGGAGAACGUCAUCCUGUUGCUGUUGGCCACUGACUUUCUCCAGGGGGCGUCAUGGACCAGCCUGCAGACCAUAGCUGCGGUCCUGUCUGGAUUUCUGAUUGGCAGUGUCUCACUGGUAAUUUAUUACAGCCUGCUGCAUCCAAAAUCCACAGACAUCUGGCAGGGCUGCCUAAGGAAGUCCUGUGGCAUUGCAGGAUGUGAUAAAACAGAGAGAAGAGCUUCUCCCAGGGCCGCGGCUCUAGCUGGGAAGAGAACCGAGAGCUCAGGCUCAUGCCAAGGGGCAAGUUAUGAGCUAACCAUUUUAGGGAAGCCCCCUACCCCUGAGCAGGUCCCCCCAGAGGCUGGACUGGGGACCCAGGUUGCUGUGGAAGACUCUUUCCUCCGUCAUCACCACUGGCUGUGGGUGAAACUUGCCCUAAAAACAGGAAAUGUGUCUAAGAUCAAUGCCGCCUUUGGAGAUGACAGUCCUGUCUAUUGUCUACCUGCAUGGGGGUUGACUCAACAGGACGACCUGCAGAGGAAGGCCCUGUCUGCCCAGCAAGAGCUCCCAUCCUCAUCCCGUGACCCCUCAACCUUAGAGAGUGGCUCUGCAUUUGAAGGUGUCCCUAAAGCAGAGGCCGACCCAUUGGAAACCUCAAGUUACGUAUCUUUUGCCAGCAAUCAGCAGGAUGAGGCACCUACCCAGAACCCAGCAGCCACGCAGGGGGAGGGCACCCCAAAGGAAGGAGCCGAUGCUGUUUCUGGGACACAGGGGAAGGGGACAGGUGGGCAGCAGAGAGGAGGGGAAGGACAGCAGAAUUCCACGUUGUACUUCAGUGCCACUGAAGAAGUGGCCACAUCCUCACAACAAGAAGGCAGCCCAGCUACUCUGCAAACGGCCCACUCUGGAAGCAGGCUGGGAAAGAGCAGCCCUGCCCAGCCUGCAUCACCCCACCCAGUGGGCUUGGCACCCUUCCCCGUCACCAUGGCUGACAUUAGCCCCAUCCUAGGCACAGGCCCAUGCAGAGGCUUCUGCCCCAGUGCAGGCUUCCCUGGAAGAACCCUCAGUAUCUCAGAGCUGGAGGAGCCGCAGGAGCCCACAAGGGACCUAAGUCACCAUGCAGCUGUUCGUGUGUGGAUGUCAUUGCCACAGGUGAGGACUGCCCAUGAGCCCUGCCUCACGUCCACCCCUAAGUCUGAGUCUAUCCAAACAGACUGCAGCUACAGGGAACAGAUGAAGCAAGAGCCGAGUUUUUUCAUCUGACCACAGUCAUGGUGGGACAAGACAACAGGCUGACAAACCAAGCUGGUCAUUUGGUGCAGUGAGAAGAGAAAUCCCACUUCUGACACCUGUGUCCUUGGGCACAUCACUGUCACCUCUAAAUCUCCAUCUGCAUCCCUGAAAAAUGAGGAAACAGGGCUGGAUGAUUUCGCAGGUCCAAUGUAAACAUCACAGACCCCACACAUGCAUAGGAGAGACUCGAACACACUUUA